ACACUUAAAUAGAUCAAACAAACACUCCACAUUCUCAAAAUCAUAUUUUCUUAUCGCAUAAAGAUAAAGAAAGAAGAAGAUGGCAGCUUCGUGCAACUCUUCCAAGUCAUUCAUGAUGGCGGUAGUGAUGGUGGCGCUGGUCCUGGUGGUGGCAGCAACGGUGGUGGAUGGACAGAGCUGCAAUGCACAGCUGAGUGGACUGAACGUGUGUGGUGAGUUUGUGGUUCCCGGAGCUGACAGGACCAACCCGAGUGCUGAGUGUUGCAAUGCUCUUGAGGCAGUGCCAAAUGAAUGCCUUUGCAACACGUUUCGCAUUGCCUCUAGGCUUCCCUCUCGUUGCAACAUCCCUACACUUUCAUGCAGUUGAUAUGGAUCCUCCCAUAUAAAUUCUAGGCGCUAUAUAUUUGAUCAGAAGCAUGGAUGGAAAUAAAGGAGAUGGAUAUCUAAGAAUAAAAAAACUCAAAGUUUGAGUUGUUGUUUUUCUUUUCUUUCUUUGGUUUUUUUUCGUUAUUGUAAAACCAAUGGAUUUCGAAUAAAAAUGAAUAAUACUGAACUGAAAUUAUAAAUGA